AUGGAAGACCAAAGCGGUCAGGAAAACAAAGAAGAAGCCCUCCACGACAAGAUAGGUAACUAGCAAUCUCUUCUUAGAAUUUUUUAGAGAGAAAAAUUGUGAAAAAAGAAGAAGAAGAACACAGAUUCCUAAGGGUCGUGAAGGGCAGAAAAAUGCGCAUUUGACCUUAAAUCCCCCUCCUCCGUAAACGUCGUAUAGCAUAUUUUCUCAAUUAAAAAAAGACAAUAAUUAUAAUGUCGGAUGUAAGUUGCUAAAAAUCAAAUAAAUUAGAAAUCAUUUUGCCUGAAAGGGUUGUUUUGCUAUCAAUUGUGUCGAAAAAUAUAGCUACAAAUGUCCUUUUCAAAUAACUGCGUAAGCAAUUCACAAAAGGCUUUAAAUUUUAGGCAGAAAUUUUAUUUAUCAUUUCUUAAGGUCGUUUCACGUUACGGAUUGGCAAUCUAGUUAUAUGCGACCCUGCAUGCAUCUUUCUUUAAUGCACCUUUCCGCUGUUUUGAACAGGUUAUCAUUUUCGGGUGGAGCCUCCCCGUAUAAUAAGCCAUUAUAGUCCCGCGAUUAGUUUCCCCUGGGUCUCCGAGGAACAUAAAAUUUAAAUUUAGAGGCAAAACGUACAGAUGACAAAAAUUUGGUCUUAUCAACUGAGUUGACGUAGACGAUUUGUUUUUCCCAUGCAAAUGCACUACUAGUACUGAUUUUGUGCUAAAAGUAAAAGCUAAACACCAACUACGUUUCGAGCUCUCCAAGGAUAUUUUCGUGUACGUGAGCGUAAAAACACAAAAUUAUCAUAAAUAUAUUACAAACAGUUAAAAAUAGUUAAAAGCAGAUAAUAAUGGCAUGAAAGCUAACUUGUAAUAAAGUAUGCCAAUGAUAAGUAGUAAACAUGUUUAAAAAAAUGCAGAACAAAUUUGGCUGAACAGCCUAUUUUGAAAUGCUUUUAAACAAAGAACUGAUUAAAAACAAACAGUAAUUCAAUUAGCCUUAUUAUUGCUUCAUCGCUUUAUGUCUUUUUCAAACGUCAAAAAUAUUUUAUCAUCCAUGACAUUCCUGUCUGUUUUUAAGUAUUCUCAAUUGCUUGUAGUAUUAUGCUAAAUCACAUCUGAAAACACAGUGCUGUGAUGACUAACGUUGUGAACUUACGCAUUUUCCCAUCGAAUUGGCGUUUCGUAGAGGCAAGCACUGAGCGUAACAAGACGCUUUUAAAGCGUCAACACGAGCUUCCUUGGAGAUAAGAUUUAAAAAUGAGGAGGCAAUUAAUUGAUUUGGAUUAAUAAGGGGCUGAGUGCGGGCAUGGAGGGCAUGUGGGAAAGAACAAAAAAUCUGUCAUUCCACAUACAGGAGUGCUCGGUGACUCGACCAUUUUAUUUUUAAAGUGAUGUCUGUGGAGUCUUCCAAAAGCUUCCAAAGGUAGAUUUUAUAUGAUGGUCACCAUCAAUUGUAUUGUUAAGUUCAGUUCUAUUUUUGAAAGAUUGCAUCUAAAGAAAUUGAGUUCAGUCAAGUGACUAGCAAGCGAAAUGAUUGAGUAAUAGAUAAAACAAAUAGCUGUUGCAGUGCAGUUGCUUUUGAAAUUGUUGAUCUGAUGAUUCAUCAUUCAAAUAUUUUACGUUGGUGCUUGUUGUCAUGUCUUAUUUUGUAAUUUUGAAACCUUUAAUUAAGUUCAUAGAUUCAAUAGUUAUUUCAAAGCUGUAGAAGUAUUGCAAUAACUCGUCGUGAGGUGAUACAGUGGAACCUCCGUAUAACGAACCUUUAUAUAACGUUGUUCUCGGUAUAACGAACGAUUUUCUUUACCCCAGUGGUAAUAAAACAGAUGAAAAAGGAACCUCGAUAAAACGAAACCUCUUUGUAGUGAACAAAUUAAGGUUCCACUGUAUAACUACAGAGGGUGACUCUUACCAUAAAUCUAUCUUUGGCCGUGAAAACAAAUGAUCUGUAUUGCCCCUUUUUUGUUUGUAUAAUUUUGAUUUGAUUUAAUUCAUUUUUUUUUCUCACUAGAAUUUGAAAAAUCGUUGAGAAAAACUUUGAGGGAGGGUGAUGUUGAGGAUAUCACUGACGAGCUCACGCCGCGGGCUCUAACAAAAUGCCACACCAAUUCGUUACUUAUGGCAAUGGAGGUGGGAAAUAUUCAUGAAUACAAUAUUACGCUAUCGUCUUCUAAAAGGAUGCUUAAAGGCAACUGUGACUCUACUCUCAGUUUUUUAGCAUGUAGCACUUGUUAUUGGAGUAGCGUAUUCGUUCACCGCUCUGUACACUCCCUAAUGAAACAAGAGCAAGAGCGAUCUGCCUGAGGGACCUUCCUCCUUCUUGUCAUCUCCUUUAUAACACUACCGUGCUAGUCUUUCUGGACUCUCAAUCUCUAAUACAAAAAAAUGAGAGACGAAGAGUGAUGACAAAUUUUGAUGAGCUUGGGCAGAAAACCAGUAUUGCCAACGAGGAAGGAUCAAGCAUCAGCAACAAUAUGGGGUAGACGUGUUUGAAUGUCCGACAUCAAUCCAUACAGUAUUACAAAACAUAAGAAUAAGAAAUGGAACAAGCGAUAGACAUUUGAUGCUGAUUAGAUAUGAUUUGUUUUUCUUAAUUUUAAGCACGAUAAGAUAAUUCUCUGAGUUAGAUGCUAUCCCAUUUGCAUGGUUAUCAAUCGAGUGCUAUAUGUCCCCAGUACCCAAAUAUACACUUGGUGGACGAAGACAGUGUUUCCAGCAUAAUUACUAACUUGCCAGUAUCUGAACGUUCUGAGCCUGGCCAAAAAAUAUUACUUAGUAUUUAAGUGGAUAAAAUUUAUAUUUCCUGCGUGCUUUACUUUUCAGGUGAGAAAGCAAUUUCCCUGUCAUCAUAAUAACCCGAAAGAUGGUAUAUUCCCUAUCACCCUCCUUGUUCUGAAAUCUGUUUUGUUAACACAGGUGAGUUUCAAACUCCGUCGUUUAGCGGAGAAAAAAGGACCUGAUGAGGACGAUUUUACCAAGUUAGCGAACUUAGUGGACGAGUUUACCAGUUGUUUACUUGACCCUUUGAAAACCAACAUAGAGGCGCGUCACGCGUUUGGGGAUUCUUUGGAUUAUCUUGUUGAUGCUGGCAUAAACCUAGAACAAAAGAAGGUGAUUUAGUCUCUGUUUAGUGCCUUGUAGCGUUACGCAGAGGAUACAGUACGACUUACAGAAUGGAUGACAAUAGUAAUGUAAAAAUAAUUAUCUAAUAGCCAAAUGGAUGAAUGAUUAUAAUAAUAAUAAUCCUAAGAGUUGCAAAAUCCAUGGAAAAAUGAAAACUUUGUAUAAUGUCGCAGAUAAAAGUCGCACUAAUCUAACUUUGGAGGUAUCACGGUUGCAAAAACUCCUUUAGCUGCAUGGACACCGUUGGAUUAACCUGCUUAACAAACCUAGUUGACUAGAUAACACUAUUUAUGAUUUAUCUUUUGUUUUCCUUACGUUGCUUUUAUAAACGGUCAGGUAAUAAUGUCAAUAACAUAUUCACACCGACCAAGUUUAAAGAUUGUUUAGUCUGGUAUAACUAACUCUUGCUAAGCCUGGACAGGCACAAUACUUGCAUUAAUACUAGAACAUUGAAUACAUGCACAUCACAUUAAUUGUCGUUAAAAACGGUUUGUUGUUGCUUUUUGUUUGACUGUUGGUAGUUCUUCGCACAUCCAGUGAUGUACGACUUGAUGAAGAAAAAAUGGUGGGGUGCAUUUGCUGAGAUGAAGAGAUCAUCCUGGCGUGAACGUUGGGCAUGGCUUUUGCUUCAUUUUUGGGGCUUGUUUGAUAUCGUCUUGUUUCCAGUCUUAAUCGCUUUGUUCUAUAUCAAACACCUUAUUAGCAUAGCUACACGGCAAAGUAAAGGUUUGUUGGAUUACAUAGCAAUUCAUAAUAAGUAAAGUAACUAGUCGAACGUCUUUAAAGCAGGCUUGGUUCUUAGAUAAGCUGAGGAAGGGUAAGGCAACAAGUUCAAUUGCAUGGCUUUGAAUACAACGAAAAACAACGGAGGGGUAAGUUACAACGUAAACAAACAACAUUUCUUUACCCCUACACAUUCUGAUCUCAGUAAAUUUGUUUCGUUGUGUUUGUUUGUUUUUUCUCUUUCUGAAGAAAUAGACAUCGCCUUUGUCAUGAACGCAACCUCUGACUCCGCGAACGAAGCAUUUCAGCUGAUGAAAAAGAUCGCAAAGUAUGUAAUGGAAGAGAAAAACAACCAUCAGAUGAAAUACCAGGUGGUAGUGCAUGGUGAAGACUCGUCAUCAACGGGUAUUUGCUUCGAUGAUGACCCAGUUCCAGACGUUAGGACUCUUUCAGAUAGAGUGGAUCGCUUAAUGAGGAAUGUGGAAGUUAACAUUCCUGCUCUUCAUGAAGAUCUGGAGAAAGUAUGUGAAGCUUUCGAACAAGGUAAUCAGAGGCCAAACACUGAAAAGGUGGGUACUAACUCUGUCAAAGCGUUUGAUAUAUUUCUUUUCCUACUAAUUAUAGAGUAUAAUAUCCAGUACAAGGUGAAUAAAAGUGACAGCCUGGAUAUUCAACUCAUCAGCAAAACGGUUACUCGGAUAGGGAGAAUUAAUAAUUUUCAUAUACACUUCAUCUUAGUUUAGAGCACGCGUUUGUUAUGAAUAGGCAAAUCUUUUUGAAGUCAAAGAUUUCGUUUAGUUCAUGAGUCCACAAUUUACUGAGAGAAAACAUCCUGACGAUAUUUAUUCCGUAAUGCGUUGCACAAUCUUUGUUGCCUUUUGCAUGGAACGUUGAAGGAAAUAGUAGUGAUUACUUACAGAAUUUUGUAAUUGUGGUAUGACCUUGCAAUAUUCAGGGUUCAUAUUUUAUUGCUUGAUUAUAGAAUGAAGAGCAUAUGCUUAUGAAACAAGUUUGUAAAGAAAGACUUGAGUAUUCUAACACUACAUAUUUCCCUGGAACCUAAACCUUUAAGUAAUCUUGAUUGUUUCCCUCCUGGCAACAGUGAGGCAUGCAGUGAAGGGUUUUUUAAUGAAUUUUCUUUAUAUGUCCACACUAUAUCAAAUAGCUGUACAUGCCGACAUGAAAAACUAUCCGGUAUAGUUAGGUAUGCCAAGACCUAUUUUUAGCUGUUCAACACUCUGCCAAAGAUGAUCGAGAUGUGACGCUCUACUUUCAAAAUCGGCGUGGCGCAGUUUCGCUCCGUUACAAAUUCCAAUGCGUGUACUGAAGCCCUAUGGAUUUCGUGCCGUAGCAAGAGCUAUCCGUUUGUUUGAUUCAUUUCUUACAGGUUCUGGUGCUACUUACCGACCACAAAAUUUGUUCAAGGCAAGACAGGAAGCGCGUUAAGGAAGAAAUAAAGAAAGUAAAAGAAAUGGGAAUAAAAACUGUGCCAGUGGGAAUCGGCCCGCACAUUAACAUCCGGGAAUUAGAAAGGAUCGACAGGGAAGGAAGCAAGGUCAUGCACUUUGGAGAAUAUGCAAAUCCAAGGGAAGCAGGAAAGAAAAUUUGGCAUGGUAUGUUUCGCAUGCUUCAACUUGAAAACGUUCUUAGUAUUCUGUAGUACUGAAACCACAAACCUUAAAAAAUCUUUAAAAGCGUAUAAUAUAUUUUCCAUUAAAUGUGUAGUAUUGUACCGACUCCUGAGAUCUCUGACAACAAGUUAGAGCAAAUAAAGGACAGCAUUACGUAUUUUUCCUUUGUUCCAACGCUUAAAAUGAGUUUAAGUCAAAUCUUUUUUCAACCGCAGCAGGAUUAGCUCAGUCGGCAGAGCGCUUGGCUGCAGAGCGGAAGGUCGCGGGUUCGAUUCCCUGGGCCGUAUUUAUACUCAGGGCCCUAAAAUAACUGAGAAAUGAAGGUACCGUAUUUAUUCGAUUAACCGCCGUGGGCGCUUAUUAAAUUUUUGGACCUUGAGGGUGGGCGCUUAUUCGAGGUGGGCGCUUAUUCGAGGCUGGGCGCUUAUUAAAUUUUUACCAAUCUCAGCAAGUGUAGUGGUAUAUUUUGCAACAAAACAAUAAAUGCUAAUAACAAAUAGCGAAGAUCUAACAAAGCAAGGUUUCUGUACAAUACCCUGAAGAAAACACCGUCUUCGGGAGGGUCUCUUGUUAUCUCUCAUUGGAGUUUUUGUGGGAGGGAGUGGGGUGGGGUGGGCGCUUAUUAACUUUUUCUGCCUUUAGGAUAGGCGCUUAUUCGAGGUGCGCGCUAAUUCGAGGUUGGGCGCUUAUUCGAAUAAAUACGGUAAUCCCUUUGCACUGCAAGCAGCAAGGCCUUCACGUGGCUCAGAUGACCACGUAAAAUGGCGGUCCCGUCUCCAAUAGGAGACGUAAAAAUAGUGUCACCAAUUAGUGCUUUCGUGUGAAAUACUUUGACACUCAAAUAAAAUGUGUUUUUUUUUUCUUCUGACGACAUAUUCAACGGUUUAAAAUCUUUGUGUUUAGUAUUUCGCUCUCUCCUGAUCAAUUUACAAGUUUUACAUUCACCGUGUCUACUGUAUAGAAGAGACUGUGGUUACAAACUAAAGACAGGUCUUCUCCGUUCAAAUGAGUAUGCACUGAAUUUUUUGUUACUGUUUUGACAGAGCUACAAGGAAAAGAUUUGUUUGGUAAGUUCUUUAAGCCUGGAAUUUGUCCUUGUGGUCCUCUGUUGUUAUAAUUUUGGCAUCUCAAAAAUUGGUGUGAUGUUUAAGGCCUUAAAACUCUCGUAAACUGUUUAGGUUCAGAUGAAAUAUCCAUUUUUUUCAUUAAGGUGGGGCACCUCACGCGUUCUUAAACACUUUGUCUUUUUGGACUACCAGUUUCCCUAACAUUAUGGUCUUUCACGCAUCGAUCACAACCCCGACUUAUAGUGAUAAUGUGACAAAGUCUUCUUGACAUCUGAGAACAUCUCGUAACCAUGUCGAGAGGGAUGCGUUCUGCGGGGCAAAUCAUCGAUUCAGCAAAUAAUGUUGAUAAAAUGGUGUAACCGAGGUUCACAUUUGCUUUGCUUUCAGGAAAUUCAAAUAAAAGAGGGGUUGAUGUAGAAUUACCUCAGGCUUUACAGGGUUUCCUUGAUGGAUACAGAGAGGAAUUCAAGAAAAAAAUAAACCGGUUUCCCCAAAUAUAUUAAUAACAUUCUAAAAAAAUAUAUUGCGAAAAUUCUGUAUAUUUUCAGUUCUAAGAAGGUGAUAUAUUUCACCUAAAAAUAAUUUUCAGCAAAACAUCAUUAAUAUUAAUGAUAAAUCUCAAUCUCAGUUAAACAGGGUCGUUAGAGGCCGCAGUUGAACCUAAGCUAAAGAAACCUGGUCCUGUAACAUUGAAAGAAAACCAUCGGGUCAUAAGCAGCCGCCAGAGUACCUAUGUCUAAGCUCAAAAAAUAACUUCUCUCAUGAUGGUAUACGAGAUUUUUCUCUGAGCUGUAAUCAGCCUAUCGGCGGUUCUGGCACUGAAAUAGCGUUAUUUCUUACUUUUUUUUGUAAUGAUAAGUUCCUUAACAAAAACAAACCAAACAGGUAACGUUAUUGGUUUUCUUGAACUUACGGGCAAUUUAACGGUACCGCUUCAGCGUCUCGAGGAUAAUUCCAAUUUUUACGCAAUCAAGUAAGUUC